AUGAGCAAAUUCUCUCUCAUUCUCGCACUCUUCCUCACCUCCGCGUUUGUGGCAGCGGCCCCUUUUCGACACACCGUGCCUGGCAAUGAACUAGCAGAGGGUUUACCGCGAUUGUAUGUAGCGCGAAACGAGACAGAGGAAGAGCCUGACCACGACGACCGUAUCGACGCAAUGUGGCUCCGUGUCGACUUGCCAGACGCGGAGUAA